AUGCCGGCAAGUGAGUUGCAUGUCAUUAUCAAACCAUGGCCCUUUAGGGGGUGGGCUUUAGACAUCAUUGGAGAAAUUCGACCGACUUCGUCGAAGCAACAGAAGUUUGUCCUAGUUGGGAUAGACUACUUCACCAAAUGGGUCGAAGUUAUCCCUCUGGUAAAGGUGGACGAAGAGACGGUGAUCGAAUUCAUUCAGAAGCACAUAGUGUAUAGGUUUGGCAUCCCAGAAACCAUCACGACGGAUCAAGGGUCAGUAUUCGUGGGACAAAAGAUGCAGGAAUUUGCUGGCAAGACAGGUUUCAGAUUGGUUACCUCCACACCUUACUAUGCAAAAGAAAAUGGCCAGGUAGAAGAGGCCAACAAAGUAAUAAUAAUUCUGAUUAAGAAGCACGUUUGUAAAUGGACAAAUAAUUGGCACAAGACUUUGGACCAAAUUCUAUGGGCGUGUCAAACGUCCCCCAAAGAGACGACGAAUUCGACGCCAUUUCGACUAACAUUUGGUCAUGACACCAUAUUGCCGGCGGAGAUAUGUUUACAGUCCGUCAGAGUCCAGCGCCAAUAUGAUCUUCAGCCAAAGCAAUACUGGAACAUGAUUUACGACGAGUUGGCUGAUUUAAACGAAGAAAGGUUGGUUACGGUCAAAAUGCUGAUCCGGCAAAAGGAACGCGUAGCUAAGGUCUACAAUAGAAAAAUAAAGGGAAAAACCUUUUUUGAUAAUGAUUACAUGUGA